AUGUCAGUGAAAUUAUCAACACAGGUGCUUAGUAAUGCAAUGGCCUGUGGAAUCAAAUUUUACAGAGAACAUCAGAACAUUGAAUUAUUAAAAGAUAGUGAAGAAACACAAGAUUUUACAUCAAUUUUUAAUUCGUUGUUUGAUGCUUUAAAUCGUAAACAUCCAAAGGAAGGAAUAAGAAUCAACAGUCAAGAUUUUAAAGUUUUAGAAGAUACAUUGAGCUGGCUUGAUGAGUGGGAAAGUCAUUUUGAAAAAGGUAAUAUAACUCAGAAUGAAUUUUUAACAAGAAGUACAGCUGAAGGACUUCGCGUAACAAUCCGUUCCACUAUUGAUUUAACAAAUCAUUUGUUGAAGGACAUUGGUUUUAAGUAUGUUCUAACAAAUAAAAUGAACCAGGAUCGUAUAGAGCAAUUCUUUGGAACAGUGCGACAAGCAACCGGACCCAAUGAACAUCCCACAGCCCCAACUUUCCUUCAAGUGUAUAGGCUUCUUUCAGUUUAUUCAAUCUUAAGACCACCAAAAACUGGGAAUUGUGAAAUUUUGGAUUGUAGUUUACCUAAAGUAACAUUUAAUGACUUAAAAGAAGUGUUUAGCGAAGAGCAGUCAGAAAGAGAACAAAAAAUUAAGAAACUAAAAGAUAAGCUAGAUUACCUUGUAGAGGAAGGAAGUUGGGACCCAAUAGAUGAUAUUAUAUUGCAGGACCAUAAUUAUUGCAAUGAAAUAAAAUCAACAGUAAAGGAUUGCAUUAUUUAUUACAUUUGUGGUUAUGUCUGCCGACAAGUUUUAAAACGUACAAAAUGUGAUAAGUGUAUAUUUGCUUUAAAAGGUGCUGGUACGCAUCCUCAGGCUGCACUCACAGAAAUAAAAAGCAAAGGUUUUCUAAUACAUCCAAAUUAUUAUUUAUUUAAAUUAGUAACAGCAAUUGAAGAUGGAUUAAAUAAAUAUGUACAAGGAAUGGAUGUUUUCAACAGUACAAUUGAUUAUGUAUUAGAAAACCAUUCAGAUUUGCUAAACUUUCCUUGUCCACAACACAAAUCUGCCAUUUUGACAACCAUCUUCCAAAACUAUAUACUAAUGAGAAUGAAACAAUUUACAUUAACUCAUAACAGAGAGCUUAAACAAAAUAGUUCAAAAAAAAAAAAAUUAUCAAAGCUUCAAAAAACAUAA